AUGUACAACGAGAUAGAGGGAAACUACGAUGACGUCGCCAUCAGCACAUUCAAGAGAGGCCUGUCGACAGAGCAUGGUUUGAGGAAGUCCCUGACUAGGAAACCGGUCACCAGCGUGCGCCAACUCAUGGACCGAAUCGACAAGUACAAGAGAGUCGAGGAGGACCAACAGAUGGGAAAGGGCAAAGCAAAGGUUGUCCCUCAGGAGAGGAGGGACUUCAAGUCGGACCAAUUCAAUAGCAGUAACCGGCCGAGUAGGGAUUACUCGGAGAAGUCUGGAUCCACCGGGGUACAGGCAGUCCAUGCUGUGUUCCAAGAGCCACUGCAUAAGAUCUUAGAGAGAGUUAAGAAUGAAUCGUUCUUUCAAUGGCCAAGUAAAAUGGCAGGCGAGCCUGCAAAACGUAACCAGAACCUAUAUUGCGAAUACCACCAAGAACCGGGCCACACCACCAUUGACUGCAGAAACCUGAAAAACCACUUGGACCGGUUGGUUCGAGAGGGAAAGCUGAGGCACCUCUUGUAUCAUCUUGUUGGACGACAAGAGCAGACGAGCGUCGAGGUAAAGCAAGGCACCCUGAGACCACCCAUGGGCACGAUAAAUGUCAUUCUUGCUGCUCUAGGAAGAACCGGCUCUCAUCCUUUAAGAGUGAUGUUAGUGGCCCGACCCCCCACUGGAAUUGACGACCGGGAGUUUAAAAGGGCUAAAGGGAUGGCCUCGCCCAUACUCGGAUUCUCGGAUGAGGAUAAAGUUGGAACCAUCCAGCCCCACGACGAUGCUCUAGUCGUCACACUCAGGAUUGGAGGAUAUGACGUGAAGAGGGUGCUAGUUGAUCAGGGCAGUGCAGUGCAGGUAAUGUACCUCGACUUGUACAAGGGGCUGAAGCUGAGACCAGAAGACCUGACAGCAUAUGACUCCCCUUUAGUGAGUUUCGAAGGAAAAACUGUUACUCCGGAAGGCCAGAUUAGGCUGCCCAUUUAA